UGAGCAACGGUUAGUUAGCAUCGUUAGUUAGCCUCGUCACCGCCGGCAAACCGACACUACACAACUAUGGGUUAAUGAAAACAAAUGAUUUGACUAGAUAACGUGUUGAUGAACACACACACAGACCACAGCAGUGACAUAAACUCACUUUGUUUUGUCGCCAUGUCUUCCAGAAAGCGUAGGAGAAACUACAAGGACAUCAAGUGUGUUUUCUUCCCGGAUGAAGUCGAAAACAAGUUUCAGAAAGUGAACAGAGAGCCACCAUCACUUUCAUCCGUGUCCUCUGCCAAGAGCUGGGAGAGGUGUGGAGACAGUUUUGUGGACAGCCCUGGGAUAAAGAACAUCAAGUCAUCAGGAAGGAAGCUGUCCGCCAUAAGAAACCUGGCACUGUCCGCUUUGGAGAGUGCCGGUCACAGUAAUGAAGACCCAGUGAACAUCGCAUGGAGCUCCAGUGACAGCGAACAGUCUGAUGAUGAGACACGGCAGCGGCAUGCGUCCAAAGUUGUUGCUCAACAGCAUCAACAACAGCGUCCACAGAGACCAGGGAGACCCACGGCUCCCAUUCAGUCUUACACCACAGCGCUGCGCAUGCUCAGCACUGAUAAAGAAGAGCUUCCUGUCAUCGACACAGACAGUGAUCUGGACGGGUCUGAGGAAGGUUUUGUAAUCGACAGUGGGCAACAGAUCUCUGAGUGUGAGUCAGAGUCCUUAGAUGGAAAACAAGAUUUACCUCUGCAACUUACAAAUGAGAGAGGGCUGGAGAUCUCUGGCUCUGGGUCUGACGUUGUGAAUGAUGGCCACGUGAUGACCUCGAGCACACUGGACUCUGAGUGCUUUCCUCUCCAAACUGGUGAGGGCAGCAAAAGGUCGGUCAGUGACUGGGUCAGAUCUGCACAGGCGAUGCUGCAGACGCCUCAGAAACCUCUCGACAGGCAGUCCAAGACUCCCGAAGACUCUGCUAAGAAGAGAAGGAGAUUUCAGAGCGGAGGUCUCGCUGAGAGGCUGAAUCGACUCCAGCGCAGACAGAGGUCAGCUGUCAGCUUCUGGAGGCACCAGUCCAUCUCUGACACCUCGACAACAGCAACAGCGGACAAGCCUGGCGUACUAGUGUUGGAGGUGCUGGAGGUCCAGGAGGAGUGCAGCAUGCAACUGGCGCACUGUGAGCACCAUGGGCCCCCCGGAGAGGGCCACCGACACAAUAACCCUGUCUCCGAGAAGAGAGUUCGUAUGCUGGUGUUAUUCAACAGAGAGACUGCAUCCCAGCUCAUCCCCGCGCCCGGAGAUAUCAUCCACAUAUAUCCACCAUGGCAAAGUCUCUCCAUAGAGGGUUUCAGCUGUGAUAUUAUUCUGAACACGCACUUCAGCCAGAAAGUCUACUCUGCUUCAAAAGCAGCCAACAUGUUCAUUCCUAGAGGCCUGCUUUCAGCACAGAGGUGCAGUCCAUAUUCUCUGUGCAAAACAUUUGGACUGCUGGAGGUGUGCACGACCACAGAGGAGAACAGUGCCAAACAGACAACUGUCUCUGGAGCUCUCUGCAGCUUUGGAGGUUCAGGAGUUUUGACAAGACGCUGCCUUUCUCUUCUGGAAGCUAUUGAGGGGCUGGGCCAGGCUGGCUGUGUGGGGCAGGACGUGGAGGUGGUGGUCCAGAGAGUUUAUUCCAUCCCUGUGCCUGACUACUCUCCUAUGACCAUCCUUAAGCCCAGAGUUCCCUCCAGGUCUUCCUCAGCUCCUCCUGCAGAAAAAGGCAAAACCAGGCUUUGUGUGCUCGUCCAGGACAGCUACGGGAUGUUCAGCGCCGUCCAGCUCCACCUCCUGCCCUGCAAGGAUGACCUCCACGAGUACUGCCACAUGUGGCAGGGGAGGACCUGUGUGCUGAGGGACAUCAAAGUGGUGCAGCGGGUCACUAGAGAAAGGCGCACCAGGCUUUUCAGCUUGAUAGACAGUCUGUGGCCCCCAGUGAUGCCUCUUAAAGAUCAUGGAAACACACCCAGUGAGAGUAGACCUGCAGGUCCAGCUCCGAGUUUCUGCUACCUGUUGUCUGGUCAGGAGAGCUCGGUUGAACAUGCAGAUGGGAAGACUUUGUCCUCACUUUACCUUCCCCCAACAAAACUAACCUUACGAGACAUACUGCAGAGUGACCUUAAAACCUGUCGCUGCAGCUUUGUUGCCACAGUUAUACACAAGAGAAUAAUGCAGAGCAGUGAUGUAGGCCAGGGUGAGGUUUGGUUGGUGCUCACAGACCCCAGUCUUCAGGAGGAGCAGCCCGAGAGGCCGUGCAGGCGAACAGUGGCCCUGUGUGUGAACACUUCCUGUGUGCUCACUUCCUCUGUCCUCGAAGCACUAAACUCCCCGGCUGUCUGUCGCAUGUCAUUCAGAGAUUCCAUCAAAGAACACGGUGUUCUCCUUUGUGUGGAGCAGUCAGUCGUUGAGAUGUGCUCUGUGGAUCCUGAGGGCAGACUUGAGUCCUCCACAACAGGGUCAGAGUCACUUUCACACUCUCUGUGUGAGCCCAAGGAAAACACCCUGUCCCAACCUGUGAGACUGGAUCCCCUGAGUCCUGAGAUCACGCCCAACUGCCUCUGCUCUCUCACAGGAGUGAUAGUUGGUGUGGAUGAGAACACCGCUUAUUCCUGGCCUUCCUGCAACCACUGUGGAAGUGAUAACUUAGAGGUGUUAGCCGAAAGGCCUGAAAACUUCCACUGCGUUUCUUGUAAGUCAGUGGUUGACAAGCCGGACACAAAGAUUCAACUGGAAGUGUUCCUGAGCUCCUCAUUAAGUAACUGCACUUUGAAGGUGAAGCUGCAGCAAAAGACGAUCAUGUCCAUCCUAAACACGGCGGCACUGGAGGGUGAUAAGUUCCCAGGUUACGAUGUGGAGAAUGUCUUGGGAAAAGAGGUGGGCCCGCUCGCCGUCUAUGUUCGGGUCGUCACCAGGAAACCUUCCCUCUGCAUGGGCCUGGAAGAAAUCUGCCUGUGAGGCUGUCAGGGCAAGCAAGCUAAUGAUAUCAAUCCUCAGGCUUCAGCUGGCUCCAAGGAUCUGCACACUAGGCCUUGGUCUGAGCCAGUUUAGCCUCCUCUCUUCCCACCCCCCCACGCCCCCACCCCCUCUGAAGGGCCUCCCUGACAGCUUGAGGCUGUGCCGAAGCAAACAGGGCUGCAAGAAGACAAGGUCUUGUUUGUGUUAAUGAUAUGUGAUCCUGUGGAGCCAGGAGUUGACAGCCCAAGGGUAGAUCAGUGGCAUGCAGUCUGUCAAAGCAGCACACGUGGUUCAUCAACCUGGUUUGUGACUUUCUGCACAGGCUGUAAAUAUUCUUUAAGUGACCUAAAAAACCUUUUCCCCCCUCCUUUCAACUCAUCUACCUCUGUCAAUAAAAGUAUUUUUGCUGACUUAA